CCGGGCCGGCGGGCGGCGGCGGGGCCCGGAUGGGAGCCCGGGCCGGCGGCGGCGGCGCCCAUGGACGCUAACCGCCCGGGCGCGUUCGUGCUGGGCAGCGCGCCCCUGGCCGCGCUGCACAACAUGGCCGAGAUGAAGACUUCGCUGUUCCCGUACGCGCUGCAGGGUCCGGCCGGCUUCAAGGCGCCCGCGCUGGGCGGCCUGGGCGCGCAGCUGCCGCUCGGCACCCCGCACGGCAUCAGCGACAUCCUGGGCCGGCCCGUGGGCGCGGCGGGCGGCGGGCUCCUGAGCGGCCUGCCCCGCCUGAGCGGGCUCGCAUCGUCGGCCAGCGUUUACUUCGGGCCCGCGGCCGCCGUGGCGCGCGGCUACCCCAAGCCGCUGGCCGAGCUGCCCGGGCGGCCGCCCAUCUUCUGGCCCGGCGUGGUGCCCGGCUCGCCCUGGAGGGACCCGCGCCUGGCCGGCCCCGCCCCGGCCGGCGCGGGCCUGGACAAGGACGGGAAGAAGAAGCACUCGCGGCCCACCUUCUCUGGACAGCAGAUCUUCGCCCUGGAGAAGACCUUCGAGCAGACCAAGUACCUGGCGGGCCCAGAGCGCGCGCGGCUCGCCUACUCGCUGGGCAUGACCGAGAGCCAGGUGAAGGUCUGGUUCCAGAACCGCCGGACCAAGUGGCGCAAGCGGCACGCGGCCGAGAUGGCUUCGGCCAAGAAGCAGCAGGACUCGGACGCCGAGAAGCUGAAGGCGGGCGGCUCGGACGCCGAGGACGACGACGAGUACAACCGGCCCCUGGACCCCAACUCGGACGACGAGAAGAUCACGCGGUUGCUCAAGAAGCACAAGGCCUCGAACUUGGCGCUGGUCAGCCCGUGCGGCGGCGGCGCGGCGGACGCGGUGUGAGGGCGCCGCGCGCACGGUCCGGCCCGGCCCGCGCCGGCCCGCUCCUGUUUUCGGAGAGCGCCAGAGCGAAAUCUCUUUGUGUGAUCAAUAAAUUAUUUAACACGCCCCCGUCGGAGCCGUGGCUCCCGAGGCUGCACCGCGUGUUUCUUCCGAGUCGGGCCCGGGACCCGGCGCCCGCGGGCGGCCCGCCCAUACCCUGCCCCGGGUCCAGUCUCCCCCGCGCGCGGGGUCUCCGCAGGUCGGCCGGGCGGCGGCCUCCCCGGCCCCGCGGCCACAGCCCGCAGCAGCGCGGAGACCGGGCGGGACCCCGAACCCGGGGGUCGCGCGGGGCGGCAGCCACGUCGCGGAGAGCGAGAGGCGGAGCCGACAGCGCCGAGACGGAGCAGGGCGUGCCCGGCCCAGGGCAGGCGGUAGCAGGUACGAACCCCGCACCCGCCGCCCGGAACCCUCCCGUGCGGGGUCUGGAAGGGUGGGUGACCCCGCGUCCGCGCUUCCGCCGCGUUUGUGGGUUCCUUGCGGGCAGAACGUGUGACUGCGUGCGGGUCGGGCUCGCAGGAGAGGUGCGCGAUGACCCGGCCCCCACGGAGAGACCGCGCUGGGUGCGCAAAGCCUCGGGGUUGCCGGUCCGGACGCCGGGCGCGU